AUGACUUCUCCAGGUCAAAUUCAGAACAUAGUCUCAAAUUUUUCAGAACUACCCCCGGAUAACUAUUUUUCCAAGCAGCAGAGGCCGAUUGUGAGAGUUUCCUCAACUCACGGGAUACGAGAUUUAAAAACGUCGGCUACGGCUAACGUCAACCCAGCUGUCCCUUCCAGUCACGUACUCUCUCCACCUCAGUAUCAAGCAGCGAUUGCUUCGAUGGUAGACUCAAAUCGAUUUGCCAAUCGACGUAGUCCGGAGGUGCGUGCAGUACAAGCAGUGCCCCCGUUUGGUGUACACGAAGCAGUUAUUCCGUCUGCGAUACCGGACGAGUGUCAGGUGAAUUUAUGUCCGGCGAAAUGUUGGGUGGUGUCUGGUCAGUUGAUCCCAGCGACAACGUCUUCUUCGGCUGCCAGUUCAACAGGCGCUCUGGCAAAGGUCCCUCCUUCUGGAAGCAUUCUACCAGCCGUGUUCCCCGACACGCCGUCAAAGAUUUCUUCGGAACUUCCUCCUCUAUACCAUCACUGUUUUGCGAAAAAUAACCCGCAGUAUCAGUCACCUGGAUAUGGUAAUGCUACCUCUUCAGAGUUCGUGAAGCCGGAAGACGUUCCCCGAAGCAGUAUUUCUCAGCCGGACAUUAGCAGACUCAAUCACUGGCCUUUGUCGGCUCUGAACGUCGGCGAUGCAGCACCCAGACGCCUGGCCGACGGCAGUUCGAAAGUGCCUUAUCUGACAACCGAGUACAAGAAUCAGAUCAUAGGGGAAGCGUCGAGUUCUUCCGGUUGUCAAGCCUAUUCAUCAAAUAAUGCGCGGCAUUUGUCUGCGCCUCCCCCGGCCUACUUCGAAAAUAAGGACGCGGCCAAACCGGGAACCAGCUUCAUGGCCGAUAAAGCUGCACCUGGUGGUUACGCAUGGCUGUACAACGAACGAAAUGCAGAAAGCGACGAAAAUCGUGUCACGGCGCAGAUGAUGAAUCUCGUGACGGAGGAGAAUCGCUUUCUACGAUUGGAAUUGGAAAGCUACAUAAAAAAAACGUUCAAACUUCAACAGGUACUUUAUGAAUGUUUGGAGCUGCAGUACCAAAAAAUCCAAAGGGAAUACGAGGAACUGGUCAGAAGACAGGAAAAGCGCGAGCAACUUGAGCAACAGAUGCACAUGAAAAUGCAGCAAGAAAUUGCACGACUGAAGGAAUUCAAUUACCAGCUGAACGAACAACUCGAAAAUGCUCUGACACAGAUGUCGCAAUAUCAGAUGGACGAAGUUGAAGAUCACGAGCUUAAGCACGAGAUCACUCGUCGUGACAUGAUGAUUGCGCAGCUGAUUACUCAAAACAAAGAACUGUUGGCGGCGAAGGAGCGUUACACAAUCGAGCUGGAUGCACAACGAGCAACGCUGGAGGAACAGCGAGCUCACAUUCAGAUUCUGGACAAGGCGCUUAUAAACGCCCAGGAAAAGGUGUUGAAGGCAGAAGAGCAAUCAAGGAAGAAGAAUAUAUACGUGCAGAAAGCAGAAGAGUUGCAGCGCGCGCUUCACACGUUUCAGGACGGAAUGAAGAAGCGCGAGGACAACCACAAGCGAAUACGAGCGCAGUUGGAAAAAGAGCUGGCGCAUCUGCAGAUUCAGAAAAAGGAAAACCAAAACAAGGCGUUGUCGUCCACCAGCUUGCAGGAUCUGAAGAGCACGACGGUAAAUCUGAGGCGUGAUUUGCAGGACAAAGAGGAGCAGAUGUUAAAUCUGCAGAGCGAAGUGGUUCGAUGGCAGGAAGCGUACUACGAUGAACUGAAGAAACAAGAAGCGGCGCUCAGCGAAGCAGCUAGUUCAAAGGACGCCAGAAUCCGCAUUCUGGAGGAGAACAGCAGCAAAGCGGAGAAGCUGAUCGAAGUUGCCCAAAGCGAGAGCAAGCGAUACUUGGAAGACUUACGAAACGCCAAAAACAAGGUGGGCGAUCUGGAAACAAGAGUGCAGUCACUGGAGGCUCAAAUGGCUGAAAAAGAUGCGAUGAUCAACGUCCUUCGGCGAAGACAGCGGCUGUCUUCUGGCAGCGACACCGGUAACCGCUCAGCGGAUGCUACGCUGGACUAUUCGAGUAGCUCUGAUGUUAUGUCUACAUACAACGACGCUUACCAGUAAGU